AUCAGUUUUAAUGAGUUCAUCAGAAAAUUGGAAUGGGAUGAAGAAGAUGAGGAAUCAGAUUAAAUUGGAAAAUUAAGAUCAAUGAUUCUUCCUUCAACAAGGAGAGGUAUAUCCGAUUUCAAUGCUGCUACAAUCUGUAGUGGGAAAGAGAAGUCGUCUCCUCAUCUCUCCAUGUAUCAACAUAAACUGCAACAACUUCAUCUCUGCGUCUUGUGCUUCAUCCACUCAAACUCCAACUACAUUACACGCUGCAUUCAUUACUCUGCUUCACAACUCCAAUAGAAAGACAAGUAGAGUCCUUGAUCAAUCAUCUCCAUCACCAUCAGGAUUGUCAUCACACCGUUGUGCAUCUAUCCUCCAAUCUUGCAUUGAUCAAAGGGCAAUUGAGCCUGGAAAACAAAUCCACGCCUAUCUUCUCACUGGCCUUGGCUUGAAUACUGUGGUAGCUACCAAACUUAUCAAUCUCUACUCGGUGUGCAAUUAUUUACCAUAUGCACACUUCUUGUUUGAUGGAGUUCCCAAGUACAAUGUGUUCCUGUGGAAUGUCCUCAUCCGUGGCUAUGCUUGGAGCGGACCCCAUGAAGCUGCCCUCUCCCUUUACCAACAUAUGCUUAAUUCUGGUCUCAAGCCUGACAAUUUCACAUUUCCCUUUGUCCUCAAGGCUUGUUCUGCCCUCUCUGCUCUUCAAGAAGGAAGAGACAUCCAUGGCCACGCCAUUCGAAUGGGAUGUGAAUUUGAUAUUUUUGUUGGGGCAGCACUUAUUGACAUGUAUGCCAAAUGUGGGUGUGUGGGGAGCGCAAGGCAAGUCUUUGAUAAGAUUCUAGUGAGAGAUGUGGUCCUUUGGAACUCAAUGCUAGCUGCUUAUUCUCAGAAUGGGCACCCAGCCAAUGCCCUCCAACUUUGCCGUGAUUUGGCAAUGGUGGGUUUACAGCCCACUGUUGCCACUCUUGUCACAGUUAUCUCGGCUUCGGCUGACAUUGCAGCUCUCCCUCAAGGGAGGGAAGUCCAUGGGUUGAGUUGGAGACAUGGAUUUGAGUCCCAGGACAAAGUCAAGACAGCCCUUGUCGAUCUGUAUGCCAAGUGUGGUUCAGUUCAUGUUGCUCAAAGGUUGUUUGAGCAGCUCACAGAGAAGAGAGUCAUCUCUUGGAAUGCCAUGAUUUCUGGUUAUGCUAUGCAUGGUCAUGCCUUUGAAGCCCUUUCUCUAUUUGAGGAGAUGAAGGAGGAAGCCCAGCCCGACCACAUAACAUUUGUUGGUGUUCUCUCAGCUUGCAGUCAUGGAGGUUUGAUGGAUGAAGGGUGGAAGUUUUUUAAGUCAAUGGUGACAAAAUACUUGAUACAGCCCACAGUGCAGCAUUAUACGUGCAUGGUUGAUCUUCUUGGUCAUGCUGGACGAUUGGAUGAGGCUUACAAUCUUAUCCAACAUAUGACAGUGAGGCCAGACUCUGGUGUUUGGGGUGCUUUGUUGAACUGUUGUAAAAUCCACAGAAAUGUGGAGUUGGGGGAGAGGGCUCUAGAGAAGUUGAUUAAUCUUGAACCUAAUGAUGCAGGCAAUUAUGUGAUUUUGUCAAACAUCUAUGCUCAAGUUGGGAAGUGGGAUGGAGUUGCCAAGGUGAGGAAGUUGAUGAAAGAAAGGGGACUAAAGAAGAGCAUUGCUUGUAGCUGGAUUGAAGUUAAAAACAAAGUCCAUGCCUUUUUGGCUGGAGAUACUUCUCAUCCUAAAUCCGAUGAGAUAUAUGCAGAGGUGGAGAGGUUAAGGGGACUCAUGAAAGAGGCUGGCUAUGUUCCGGACACUGCACCAGUUUUCCAUGAUAUUGAAGAUGAUGAGAAGACUGCCAUGGUUUGUAGUCAUAGUGAAAAGCUUGCAAUUGCAUUUGGACUCCUCAAUACACCCCCAGGAACAAGGCUUCUAGUUACCAAAAACCUCCGGGUCUGUGAUGACUGCCAUGUGGCAAUCAAGUUCAUCUCAAGAAUCACAGAGAGGGAAAUUGUUGUUAGAGAUGUCAAUCGCUACCAUCAUUUUAAAGAUGGUGUAUGUUCAUGUGGAGAUUAUUGGUGAAAGAACAUGAAGACUGGUAAUAUGUUGAUUAUGUUCAGUUACCACUGCUCAUAUAGAAAUGAAUUGAGGUUGUGUCUGAGGUAUGGAUUUGCUAGUGAUUGAUAUCUAUGCUCCGGGUCAUGGUUUUUUGAGGCCGUUGAUUUGCUUGUUCAGGUUGUUGUGGAGGUUGACUAGUGACAACUUGAAAAUGAUGGGAACUUGAGUGAUAGUUCUUAGCUAGUAGGACCGGUGUAUGGCUGAACAAGAGCUGUGCCUAAGUUAUACACAGUUUAUUUGUGUCUCUUUCAAAGCUUUCACUUUGUGGGUAUGGCAGGCCUAGGGGCUGUAGCAACCGAUACAUAGUUGAUUCAUUAUUCUUUAAAUUUAAGAUUUUUUAAUUCAGAGGAUUUACUACUCCU